AUGUGCUCCAGACAGACCUCCGGAGGCUGCCAUGAAACGUCCUCCCAGUCCAGCGGGUGCCACAGCGGGGGCUCCUGCUGCCACGGCGGCAGCUCCUCCAGCUACCAAGCGCAGGGCUCCUCCUGCUGCGGGGACUCUGGCUCGGGCAGCUGCGGCGGGGGCAGCGGGGGCUCUGGCAAGAUCAUUGUCAGCUCUGGCGGUGGAGGAAGUGGAUGCUGCUGCAGUGGGGGCUCCUCAGGCUACAGCAUGGGAGGAGGAUACAGCGGUGGCAGUGGGGGAUCAGGCCAGAAGAUCGUUGUCACCUCAGGCGGUGGAGGAGGAGGCUCAUCAGGCUGCUGCAGUGGGGGAUCCAGUGGUGGGUCUUCAGGAUCAAAGAGCAUAAUUGGAGGUGGAGGUAGUGGAGGAUCAUCUGGAUGCUGCGGUGGGGGAUCCAGUGGUGGGUCUUCAGGAGGCAAGAUCAUCAUUGUAGGUGGAGGGAGUGGAGGUUCCUCUGGAUGCUGCAGUGGAGGGUCCAGUGGUGGCAUGGGAGGAGGAUCCAGUGGUGGGUCUUCAGGAUCAAAGAGCAUAAUUGGAGGUGGAGGUAGUGGAGGAUCAUCUGGAUGCUGCGGUGGGGGAUCCAGUGGUGGGUCUUCAGGAGGCAAGAUCGUCAUUGUAGGUGGAGGGAGUGGAGGUUCCUCUGGAUGCUGCAGUGGUGGGUCCAGUGGUGGGUCUUCAGGAUCAAAGAGCAUAAUUGGAGGUGGAAGUAGUGGAGGCUCAUCAGGCUGCUGCAGUGGGGGAUCCAGUGGUGGGUCUUCAGGAGGCAAGAUCAUCAUUGUAGGUGGGGGGAGUGGGGGAUCCUCUGGAUGCUGCAGUGGAGGAUCCAGUGGUGGCAUGGGAGGAGGGUCCAGUGGUGGGUCUUCAGGAUCAAAGAGCAUAAUUGGAGGUGGAGGUAGUGGAGGAUCAUCUGGAUGCUGCGGUGGGGGAUCCAGUGGUGGGUCUUCAGGAGGCAAGAUCAUCAUUGUAGGUGGAGGGAGUGGAGGUUCCUCUGGAUGCUGCAGUGGAGGAUCCAGUGGUGGGUCUUCAGGAUCAAAGAGCAUAAUUGGAGGUGGAGGUAGUGGAGGCUCAUCAGGCUGCUGCAGUGGAGGAUCCAGUGGUGGGUCUUCAGGAGGCAAGACCAUCAUUGGAGGUGGAGGCAGUGGGGGAUCCUCUGGAUGCUGCAGUGGAGGAUCCAGUGGUGGCAGUGGCGGUUCCUCAGGCCACACAAUCAUCAUCAGCUCCGGAGGGGGCAGCGGAGGGUCCAGCCAGUCCAUGCAGCAGAAAUGCCCCAUUGUCAUUCCCCACAUUGAAUCCCAUCAGACCAAGCAGGCCUGCCACUGGCCCCCCAGCCACCAGAAGUAA